AUGGCCAAGAGGCAUACCCAAGUUGCCGCGCAGAAGUACUAUCUUCCCCCGACCAAAUUGAUCCCGAACUCGCAAUAUCCACUCCUCUAUUAUCCUGGCAUUUUGUCUCCGGAUACAAAGUCGAUCGCUUCACAGUUCUACGACCUUCUAUCCAGCAAUGGCUGGGAGGCCCAGUGGAUUUUCCGCUAUGGCCAGACGCAGGAUUCUCACUACCAUUCCUCAUGUCACGAGUGCAUGGUUGUGCUCACAGGCAGUGCAACCAUCCGGUUCGGCGUUGCCGAUACAAGCGAGGAUAUGAACGAGAAUACCUAUGGCUCGGGCAAAGAGGAUGGAGGUAUCGAGCUUAAGGUGAAGGCGGGUGACGUGAUUCUUAUCCCCGCUGGCGUCGCCCACAAAACUUAUGACGCCAAGCCCGAUGACGAGUUCAAGCUGAUGUCUCCCGGCAACGGCCACGGCUUCCCUCCAGGUUCACGAGAGAAGCUGGACGAGAUCAAUCUGACCGGGUUCACGAUGAUGGGAUCCUACCCGGCAGAAGCAAAGGAGUGGGAUUUUGCUGUAGGGGGUGAGGGAGCUUCGGCUUACGCGAAAGUAUGGUCUGUUCCUCCUCCUAAGCUUGAUCCAGUGCUGGGGGAUUCGGAUGAUGGAUUGGUUCAAUUUUACAGACUACAUCGACCAGAAGAGACCAUGGGCCAGUUCCUAUCACCGGCUUGGGCGCUCCUGGCCGCUCUGCGGGGUACUAACAGCAAGCGACUCACCAGCCGAGACGUGCCAGAUGCCGACUUUUCUGGGAGGUGGAUCAUCGUCUCAGGCGCGAACAAUGGCGUGGGAUUCGAGGCGGCCAAGCAGUUCGCCAGGAUGGGAGCGAACAUGAUCCUCGCCUGCCGCGACCCUCCAUCGAGUGAGACGCACCCGCUGGCUGCGGUAGAGGAAUGCCGGUCGAUAGCGACCGCGGCAGGCCAUCCCAACUCGACGAUAGAGUGGUGGAAGCUCGAGAUGAGCGAGAUCAGCAGUGUUGAGGCAUUUGCUCAGCGAUGGCUCGAUACCGGGCGCUCGCUGGACGUACUGUGCAACAACGCCGGGAUCACCUCGUUGGCUAGGAAGAAGUUCACGGGGGAUGGGUUCGAGCGCGUCCACCAGGUCAACUUCCUAUCGCAUGUGCUGCUCACGCUGCGUCUUCUGCCUUCUAUCGCCCGGAGCGAUUACGCACGCAUCGUCUGCUCCACGUCAUGCCUUCACUACCUCGCCCCGUUCGACAUGGAGCAUUUCAACGGAGAAAGGGGAAUCAAAGCGGAUCCGUACUCCAUCAACAAGCUGUACUUUCAGAUGUGGCUUGUCGAGCUUCAACAAAGACUCCUGCAACAUCCCGAGUACGAGCAUAUCACCAUCAACGGCGUUCACCCCGGGUUUGUUAAUAGCGGCAUAUGGACUGCACCUGAGGGCGACACAAAGUUUUGGCUUCGACUACUCAUCUUCUCGUUCAUCGUCAGCAUGGUUGGUGUGACCAGUGAGCAAGGCGGCAUUUGCAUCGUGAACGCUGCCACCAGCCCCAAAUUCAGCAAAGAAAACGGCGGAGGGAAGUUUAUAAAUCGCAUCUGGGAAGAUUCUCAAGCUGGUCUUUGCGCCGACAAGGAUGCCAGGUUAAUCCUAUGGAACAAAUUGGCUGAUGAUAUGGCACUCCGCGAGAAGGGACUUCUGAAGCUCCUGGGGAAUUAG